GCGGGCAAGAAGACACAGACGAUUGAGCUGCGAUAAAUUUUCAAAUUUUCUUCGUCAAAAAGGUUGUACACGACUGAAAAUCAGUCAGGAGUUAGGAUUUCAAAAUGUUGUCCAGUUUGGAUACCAUACACAUAUCAGCAGUACUGGAAGACUGCAUAGAUCAGCUGGCAAUCCUAGGUCACAUCAUGCCACCAUCUUUGGAGGGCAAACAAGAUGCAGCACAAAUUGUAGAUGAUGAGCUGGGUCAAAUUUUACGAGAUCAGAGAGAUUUAGAAUCCAGAUAUGAAGUGCUUGUUAACCAAAGAGACGAUCCCAAUUCAAAUAACAGAGGUCUGCUAAAAGUACAAGAUCUGCAAGCACACUCUGUGGCAAAGUCAUUACGAGAAAACACAAAUGCACUGAACAGAAGUUUUAAACAGAACCCCUUAACAAAUGACAGCCUAUCAAAAAUCCAAGCAGAUAGGAAAUUUCUCCAAGAUGUGAUGGAAGAGACGCUUGAAGAGAUUGUCACCAGGAAGUCAUUUGACUCUCUUGUCAGAGCUGUUAAUAAGGAAAAAGAAAAGAAAGCAGGUCUACAACAAACCAUACUCAAGGAGGAAGAAAGUCGCAAACUUGUGAAAACUCUCCAAAGGCAACUGUUGGAGGUGAAAAAAGAAAAAGAAAGUGAAAUUCAGCAAAGAAAUGAGAUGAUAGCCCAUCUUAAAGAUCAGCUGCAAGAAAUGAAGGCAAAAACCAGCAUGGAAGGAAAAUACAUAAAAAAGGACGCAGAGGUUCGCGUUAGCUGCACACAAAAAAGAUGUCAGCAGGGGGAGAACUCCUUAAAGGAAGAUCUCGAGACGUUGCACUACAAAAUAGACGAAGAAGCUCGCGUUAAUUCUGAAAUUGAAACCUACUUACGGCAACAUCAUCAGAUACUGGAAGAGAAAGUGGAAUACUGGAUGGACAAAUACGAUCGGGAUGUGGAACAGAAACAACACGAGUUGGAUGUUUUAAAGGCAUCCAAGGCAAACGAUCUCGCAAAGCUUCAAGAACUCACUCAGAAGUACUCCGAAUAUGAGAAAGUUGUGAUCGAGGACCGCGUGGCUAAAGAACAAGCGAGACGGAAAGCGGAGCAAGAACUUGAGGAACUCAAAUCAGCCGUCAAGAUCCAGUCCUGGUGGAGAGGAACAAUGGUGCGUAAACAAUUGGGACCUUACAGUAAGAAAAAGAAGAAGAAGGGAAAGAAAGGAAAGAAAUCUGGAAAGAAAGGAGGGAAAAAGAAAAAGAAGUAAUUCUGACGUUAACAUAAAACUUGUACAGUGACUUUUAAGCUUGUAGUUAGCGUCAACAACUUUUGGUGUACAUUUGAGAAUAAAAUACCGGUUUAUAC